UUCCUGGAGGGAAAGUGAAGUUAGUACAUAGUUCUACUAUGGAAUUGAGUAACAGCCUUUUCCCAAAGGAUGUCCGCCAGAGAAUGCCCCAAACAUUGACUAUUAAAUUUCUUUCUUCUAAUCCUAAUCAUUUCAUUGUCGGAACAAACAUUGGUCUGGUAGGCCAUGGUACAAGACAUGAUUUAAGAGUUGUUCCGAAGCUAUUCAGACCCCGGGAGAGCGGACUAAGAUCAAUAGGCGUCAAUGCAAUUGAUUUCUCCCCUUUUGGAAAGCCACUGUUUUUGGUUGGCUGUUCAGAUGGAAGUAUUAGGUUACACCAAAUGACUUCGGAGUAUCCCCUCAUGCAGUGGAAUGACAGCACAAAUGGCCAGCCAAUUAUUGCCGUGCAGUGGGCUUUAACAAGACUCGCUGUGUUUUUUGUCCUGGAUGCAUCAUCUAAUGUUUACAUUUGGGAUCUUCUGGAAAAUGAUUUGUUGCCUGUGGCAAAGCAGACUGUUCCAUCAGAGAAUGUUGUAACUAUGGCUUUACUGGGAGAACCAGAAAAAACAAAUGGAUUGUUAGGAAUUGCGCUGGCUAAAGAAUCUGGACAGAUAGACAUUCAGUAUGUAAAGAAGAAGUGGGCAUUACCUCAGCCUGAGGAAUCUGAAAAAUUUCAUUUGCUUUUAUUGCAGUCUGUUUAGAAAUGGUACACCUCUCUGGAUGUAUUCAUUAUUGCAAAAUAUUUAGAUUAUUUUUGUCUGCAAUUAAAAGAUUUAUAAUGUAAUUUUAUAUUUGUAUAUAGCUUGUAUAUAUUUUAAAGAAUAUAAAUGCAAUAUUUUGGCUAAAAUUAUGUAUUUUAUC